AUGUCCGUUUUCAAAACUCUUGUUUCUCUCGCUCUUCUUGUUUCCACGCGUCUUGCGUUGGUUCAAGCCGCUGUCUAUGUGACGAACCCGGUACAAUCAACUGUUUGCAAUGGAGGUCAGUCCUGCCAGGUGGAGUGGGUUGACGAUGGUCAGAGCCCUCUCUUGAGCGACAUUGGAGAAUGCACUGUUGGCUUGUACAACGGCGAGAUGCUCCUCGUGCAGUCGCUGUCGUCCGUCAACGUUGCGGACACGCAUUCCUUCUCGUUCACUGUACGUGUCUUUCAUUUCAUAUUUAUUGCCUCUCUAAUCACCGAGCAUAAUUGUACAGCCUAG